CGUCACAUGACCGCGUCACAUGACUGUCAGGAGGCAAAAACAGGAAAAGAUUUUCUCUUUGUGGUAAAUGUUUGUAUUUAAGCUUAAACCAUGGCGGAGUAGCAGCUGCUUGUGUCUGGGUGUAAAACAAACACCUUUUUAGUUUCGUGGUUUGGUUUCACGACCCGAACUUCGUUUAAUUUGUCCGCGUCUUCGCUGUUUACGAAGUUUGUUGACACAAAGCUGCUCGUGUGAUGAACUCAUCUCGGUUUUCUGAGGCAGGGUGAGAGGGCAUCAUGGGAUCUGCGGUGGAGAGGACAGAUGAACAUGUGAGGGAGUAUCUGAUCUAUCGGGGCUUCACCAGCACGCUGAAACACCUGGACAGUGAGAUCAAAGCUGAUAAGGAGAAAGGCUUCAGGGUGGAUAAGAUCAUCGAACAGCUGCAGCUGUUCAUCCAAAGCUUCGACCUGUUCGGCCUGAAGGAGUACUGGCUGUACCUGGACAGACGCCUGUUCUGCAGGCUGGAGGAUGUUUACAGAUCCACUGUCAACAAACUGCGAACCAGCCUGUACAGAUACUACGUCAUCAACACCAUCCAGAAAGGAAACCUGGAGAAGACACAGGAGUUUUUCCAGAAGCAGGCGUUGGAGCUGCAGGGUCAGGCAGAAUGGCGCGACUGGUUUAUUCUUCCGUUCAUACCCAGUCCCGAGCAGAAUCCCGCCUUCGCUCCUUACUUCUCCCGCCAGUGGGCCGACACCUUCCUGGUUUCACUGCACAACUUCCUGUCAGUCCUCUUCCAGUGUAUGCCUCAGCCUGUCCUGCUGAGCUUCGAUGCAGAAGUCCAGAAAAUGACAACCCUGACUGAGGAGAACGAGCAGCUCCGUCAGCUGCUGUUUGCCCUGCAGACAGAGAGCCGGGACCCGAGAGACGGCGAUCAGAUGGUCCAACACAAGCUGCCGCCGUAUGUCCAGAACAUGGACCGACUGGGAGACACUGAGCUGGACUUAGUGUCAAGCCAGCGGUCCGUCAGCAGCGUCACCACUCCUACCAGAAACUUCUUCUCUACAUUCCUACCACAGGGCAGGCGCACUCCGGGAAAACCACCUCAGGUCAUCUGUGGGUCUUCACCCAGCCAGGCAGCUGUUGGAAGAAAGGACGCAUCAGCAAAUCAGAAAGAUGACACCCCUAUUCGCCAUCUUACCCAGACUGAUUUGUCAGCUGGCAUCAAUUCAGAACCUACAAGGACUAAAGAAGCAACCCAGGCUAAGGAACUUAAGCCAACAUCCAGCCAGUCAUCAACCAGCGAAUCUGCCAAUUCCCAUUCUCAACAGUCAACAAACCAGCCGACAAACCAGAAUCCCAGACACAAAAGAAUCCAGGAACAUGAGAAAGAGAGAAAGGAGCUUUUCUCCAAGCCCCCACCACAGUUGCAGGAGAGAAAAGGGGAGGUGGGAGAUGUAGAGACACCUGCUGAGACCUCCAGUGAACCUCUGGACUCCUCAAACAGCAGAAGCUGUGAAACAGAAGGAGAGGGAGGAGUUCUGUCAGUGGAACAGCCUUUCAUCAAACUCAGCCAGGAGGAGUAUGGAGAACACCAUUCCUCCAUCAUGCACUGCCGGGUUGACUGUUCUGGUCGCCGGGUUGCCAGUUUGGAUGUAGAUGGAGUCAUAAAGGUAUGGUCGUUCAACCCCAUUAUGCAGACCAAAGCCACAAUCAUGUCCAAGUCCCCUUUGCUGUCUCUGGAGUGGGCCACCAAACCAGACAGACUGUUGUUGCUAGGCAGCGGUGUUGGCACAGUGCGACUCUAUGAUACAGAUGCAAAGAAGAAUCUCUAUGAGAUGAACAUCGAUGAAACUCAUCCACGUAUCUUGUCUCUAGCUUGCAGUCCUAGCGGUACAUCGUUUGUCUGCUCAGCUGCAGCUGUCAGUCGAUCUGGAAAUGUGGAGUCUGCUCCUCGACUUCCUAUACUGGUGUCUGGGCAACUGCUGCUUUGGGAUACCAAGACUGUCAAACAGCAGCUCCAGUUCUCUUUGGAGCCUGAACCAGUAGCCAUUAACUGCACAGCCUUCAAUCACAACGGAAACCUGCUGGUGACUGGUGCUGCGGAUGGCGUCAUCAGGCUGUUCGAUAUGCAGCGCUACGAGAGCGCCAUGAGCUGGAGAGCUCACGAUGGAGAGGUUUACAGCGUAGAGUUCAGCUACGAUGAAAACACCGUCUUCAGCAUCGGAGAGGACGGGAAGUUCAUCCAGUGGAACAUCCACCGCUGCGGGGUGAAGCAGGCGGAGCAGGUUCUACCUCAGGACGCCGCAGGGCCCUUCGUCCUGUCAGGGUACAGUGGAUACAAACAGGUCCAGGUUCCCAGAGGUCGGCUUUUUGCCUUUGACUCAGAGGGACAGCACGUCCUGACCUGUUCCAGCUCUGGAGGACUCAUAUACAGACUGACCAAUGGGGAUCCAGCCCUGGACAGAGUGCUGUCACUGGGCGGGCACAAAGCCCCGGUGGUGACAGUUGAUUGGUGCUCGGCUGUGGACUGUGGCACCUGUCUGACGGCCUCCAUGGACGGGAAGAUCAAACUGAGCACGCUCCUGGCACAGAAAUCAUGACGGGGUCAGAAGUUACCGGAACAUGUACAGUUACUGAUGGAUAUUAGUCCAGCCUCUAUUAUGGAAAAUACAAAGUGUUAACUCAAGAAUUUGAUGUUAAAUUCAAAUCAGCAUUAAAAUCUGAAGCAAAGUGA